UCCCAUUAAUUAAUUUGAAGGAGAUAGAUCAACAUGAAUUCCAACAACUGGCUUCCAUUUCCACUCUCUCCAUCUAACUCAUCUCUCCAACAAAACCUCAAUUCUUCACAGCCUCAUCAUGAUUUCUCCCUAGGGUUAGUCAACCAACCUGCUGAUAAUCCUUUCCAAAAUCAAGAUUGGAAUAUGAUCCCAUCAUACGGCGGGGACGAAAUACCAAAGGUGGCUGAUUUUCUAGGCGUUAACAACAAGUCCGACAAUGAUCAUUCCACAAAUUUAGUGAUCUACAAUGAAAUACAUGCCAAUCCUGAUGUGGGUUAUCUUUUCCAAAGUAACAUCUUGAUGCCCGUUCAUGAGAGUUCCUUAGGAGCUGCAAAUAGAAAUGCCACUUACGAUCUUCAAGAAAAUGCAAGCAAUUUGCAGUCAUUGACAUUGUCCAUGGGGAGUGGCAAGGACUCGUCAACAAGCGAGAAUGGCGCUAGUACUGAUAACACUAGUAGUGCUAAUAAUGCCAUUGUUAGUGAUGCUACUCCGAAAAGGACUUUGGAUACUUUCGGACAAAGAACAUCAAUUUAUCGAGGAGUUACUAGACAUAGGUGGACAGGAAGGUACGAAGCUCAUCUAUGGGAUAAUAGUUGUAGAAGAGAAGGACAAUCGAGGAAAGGUCGUCAAGUAUAUUUGGGUGGGUAUGACAAAGAGGACAAAGCUGCCAGGUCAUAUGAUCUUGCUGCACUAAAGUACUGGGGGACAUCAACAACUACUAAUUUCCCGAUUAGUAACUAUGAGAAGGAAGUCGAGGAUAUGAAAAACAUGACCAGACAAGAAUUUGUGGCUUCAAUUAGAAGGAAGAGCAGUGGAUUCUCAAGAGGAGCUUCGAUGUAUCGUGGAGUUACAAGGCACCAUCAGCAUGGAAGAUGGCAAGCAAGAAUCGGCAGAGUGGCUGGAAACAAAGAUCUCUAUCUAGGCACUUUCGGUACGGAAGAGGAAGCAGCCGAAGCAUAUGACAUAGCUGCAAUAAAAUUCCGCGGCCUAAAUGCUGUGACAAACUUUGAGAUGAACCGAUAUGAUGUGAAGGCAAUCCUCGAGAGCAACUCACUUCCCAUAGGUGGUGGCGCAGCCAAGCGGUUAAAAGAGGUCCAAGCCAUCGAAACUUCACGUAGGCGUGAGGAGAUGUUGAGCCAAACAAGUUAUAACAACUACACGGGCUCGAGUCCACUUCAAGCCUACCCACUUAACAUUCACCCUUCCACCUCCUUUGAACAAGCCCAAACUCUACUAACCCUACAAAACCACCAAGAAUUAUCCAAUCAAUAUUCAUCCUCUCAAGAAUCACAUUACCAAAAUUACCUUCAAACUCAACUCCAACUCCACCAACAAUCUCCAUAUGGAUCACCUAUUUAUAACGGCUACUUCCAAGGCAUGCAUGGUCUCAUGAACGUGGGUCCCACAUCUUCGUCGGCAAUAAUAGAUAACACUAUUAGUUCUGGUGGGAGUUACAUUAAUACGACCGGGUAUAUGGGCCUUACUGAACUUGGGAUUGGAUCUGGAUCUGGGUCUUCUGGAACAAACCCGGGACAUGAGCAGGAGUUAGCAUUGGUUAAGGUUGACUAUGACAUGUCUUCUGCUACAAAUGGUUAUGGUGGUUGGACGGGCGGAGACUCAGUUCAAGGGUCAAAUGCGGGUUCUUUUACAAUGUGGAAUGAAUAA